UGCCUUGUUGUUGCCUUCUGAAAGAAGUACAAAAUGGCUUACAGCGUGACUCUGAAUGGACCUGGACCAUGGGGUUUCCGACUGCAAGGGGGCAAGGACUUCAACAUGCCCUUGACCAUCUCCAGAAUCACCCCUGGCAGCAAGGCAGCACAGUCACAGAUGAACCAAGGGGACCUUGUGGUAGCCAUUGAUGGAGUCAACGCUGACAGCAUGACCCACUUAGAGGCCCAGAACAAGAUCAAGUCAGCCAGCCACAACUUGAGCCUCACUCUUCAGAAAUCUAAACGUCCAGUGCCAGUUUCAACCACAGCACCCAGAAUUGACUCUCCCAGGGCUGUAAUUCCCCACCAGAAGGUCAUAACCAACACCGCUGCCAACUCGGACUUCACGGAGCGUUUCAACCCCAAUGUCCUGAAGGACUCUGCCCUGUCUACGCACAAACCCAUUGAGGUGAAAGGCCUGGGCGGCAAGGCUACUAUAAUUCAUGCCCAGUAUAACACCCCGAUCAGCAUGUAUUCCCAAGACGCUAUCAUGGAUGCGAUUGCAGGCCAGGCACAAGCCCAGGGUGGAGAAUUUGCUAGUACCCUGCCUCUUAAAGAUCCUCACAUAGACAGUGCCUCUCCGGUGUAUCAGGCCGUGCUUAAAACUCAGAACAAGCCUGAAGAUGAAACCGAAGACUGGAGUCGCCGUUCUGCCAAUCUGCAGUCUAGGUCUUUCCGUAUCCUUGCCCAGAUGACUGGAACAGAGUACAUGCAAGAUCCGGAUGAAGAAGCCCUGAGGAGGUCAAGAGACAAGGAAAAUGUUGCAGCAGCAUCACAAAACAGGCCGACAGCUACUCCACAUGCGCCACAGUAUGUGACCUCAAGUAUUCGGCAUCCUCCUAAAUCAUGCACCACGGAUGCCAACACUGCCCAUGCUAAGCCAGUGGCCUCCAAGGGGGCCGUGAGGCUGGGAGCGGGUCCAAGUCAGAGGGAGGCCAGUUUCAUCACUGCUGGCCCCAAAGCCCCUCUUGCUUCAGCCAGUACUCAAAGUACCCUUGUUGAGCAUGCUCCGGUGUCUACCAGUUCUGCCUCUGCUCCUGCAUCACAUGCUUCAGCACAUCAGCCUGCUACUGCUGCUCAAAAUACAGCCAGUCUGAUGACACCACCAGCAACCACCUCAGUAGCGCAAGAGUCUUUCUCAUCCUCCUUCCAAAGAGCGCCUGCAGCCCCCAGCUCUCUUUCACAGCCUAAGCCUUUCCGUGGGUCCAAGAACAUGUCAUUAGCAGCUUCCACUAUUUCAUCUGCUCUCUCAUCUCAGUCUAGUUUCAACCGGCAUUCUUCCACCUCCAUCAACUACCAGUCAAAGAAGAGAAACACAAGCCAGUCAUAUACACCAACGCCAGUUUCUGGAAGCUACGGUGAAAGUCCUGCUGCUUCUGCUACUUCAAAACCAAGAGUUGUUACUACUGCCAGCAUAAAGCCCUCUGUCUACCAGCCAGCACCAGCACCCGUUCAUUCCUACACCCCUGCCAACACUGAGCCUGCAAGUCGCCCUCCCUGGGUAACGGAUGACGCCUUUUCCCAGAAAUUUGCACCCGGAAAAACCACCACCACUGUCACAAAGCACAUCCUACCAAGGGGUGCUCCAGUACCAUCUCCUGCCUCAACUUCUGCUUACCGAUCUCCAGUGUCAACUUCUUCCCAGCCUCCUGCAAUAGCCCGGGGAACAGUUCAGAGGGCUGAGCGUUUUCCAGCCAGCAGCCGAACUCCUCUCUGUGGGCACUGUAACAGCAUAAUUCGGGGUCCUUUCCUGGUAGCCAUGGGUCGCUCUUGGCACCCAGAAGAAUUCAAUUGUGCUUAUUGCAAAACAUCCUUGGCUGAUAUGUGCUUUGUGGAAGAGCAGAAUAGUGUGUACUGUGAGCGCUGUUACGAACAGUUCUUUGCACCAACCUGUGCCCGAUGCCACACUAAGAUCAUGGGGGAAGUGAUGCAUGCCCUAAGACAGACUUGGCACACAAGUUGCUUUGUCUGUGCUGCUUGUAAGAAGCCAUUUGGCAAUAGCCUCUUUCACAUGGAGGAUGGGGAACCUUACUGUGAGAAAGAUUACAUUGCUUUGUUCAGCACAAAAUGCCAUGGCUGUGAUUUUCCUGUUGAAGCUGGAGAUAAAUUCAUUGAAGCUCUUGGACACACUUGGCAUGAUACCUGCUUCAUUUGUGCUGUAUGCCAUGUGAAUUUGGAAGGUCAGCCAUUCUACUCCAAGAAGGAUAAGCCACUGUGCAAGAAACAUGCCCAUGCCAUCAAUAUUUAAAAGAAGAGCUGGUAGUCAGUAAUGCUGGGGAAGAACAGAUGACUAACUGGGCAAUUAUAAAGUUGAUAACCAUGGCUAGCAUUUCUUUUGGUAAAAGCUAAGAAGUUGAUACUUCUGAAGCUUAACCUCUGUCAUAAAGGCAGAACAUGCUUUUGCAAGGCUCAUACAAAAACCUACUGAAUGAACUAGCCCAUUAUUAGAGCAACAGUUGGGGGAAAUAUUGAAAUUAACUAAAAACUGUAAUAUAAAAAGCAAUGCACAAAUACAGUUUCAAAUGAACUACCCACAGCAGUUUUACUGCUUAGACCACACACUAGUGUUUAAGAGCAACUGGAAAAGUC